GACCAUGUUGGACCACUGCUCAAUCUCACACAAAGGAGGCAUCGUAUUAUGGUCACGCUCCUUCACCCCAGAGGCAUCUCACUUAGCUUCUUCCCCAUCGUCUCCCGUGAACUCUCUCAUACGUGAAGCAUUAAUCGAGGGCCGAACAGCUGAGGAGAAAUACGAGAAGGAUGGAUACGCAGUGAAGUGGACGUUCUUCAAUGAUUUAGAGCUUAUUUUUGUGGUUGCCUACCACCGCAUCCUCCAACUCACUUACGUGGACGACCUGCUGGCUGCUCUAAAAGCACUGUUUAUCAAGUUAUUCGAGCCAUUCUUGGCUACUUUUGUCGCUUCACUACACGCAGUCAAAAGCGGCAAGUCAGCUGCUGCGCGCGACUCUCCGAAGACGUGGAACUUUGCAAAAGCAUUUGAAGGCUGGGAUGAUGUCUUCGACAAGCUCGUGAAGGGCUUUGCAGAAAAAGCUGCUCAAGAGCGGAAGUCUCGCUACAGACCAGUGGCUCCAGCUCUGCCUGACCCCAGUCCUCCUUCUGAUGACCUCAGCACAGUUCCAUCCGAAUCUUCGAUUGCAGUGCAGGAUGAGCAGCAAAUAGCUCGGAACGUCCAAGCGCUCAAGAAUAGAUUACGCGGCCGUGGUGGCCGGAGAGGAGGGGGACGAGGUGUGGCGAAGGUGGAGUCAGGAAGUGGCUGGGACAGCAUGCCAGUUUCAGACUCCGAAUCGACGAGCAAGAAGACGAAAGGCAAGGCGCAGCGGAAAUGGGGUGAAUCAGCCCCGUCAGAAACAGAAAUGGCCUCUUUGGACUUUAGCACCGACAAGCCUGAUUCCAGCCCAAAUGGCCAUUUAUCGCAUGACUUGCAAGCCCUCGUAGACAAAGCUUCUCUCGGAACUAGGACAAGGGAUGGCCUGUAUGAGGUUAAGGAUUGGGACUUUGCUGCAGGGGACGACGCUAUCACCCGUGCUUUGAAGAACGAGGGCGCAAAGCAGCCAUCAGGCUCAUUGGGCGCCAUGAGUUCUUUGUUCGCCCGUCUGACAGGCUCCAAAGUGUUAACUGAACAGGAUCUAAAGCCUGUGCUGGAAGGGAUGAAGCAACACCUCAUGAAGAAAAAUGUCGCAAUGGAAAUUGCGGACAAAGUGUGCGAAGGUGUCGGAGAGAGUCUUGUUGGGAAGAAAGUUGGAGGUUUCCAAACCACCAGUAACGCUGUUCGGACGGCACUCUCGUCUUCGCUCACGCGUAUUCUAACGCCAAAGACCUCAACAGACCUGUUAUUGUCAAUCAGGACCAAACUCUCUUCUCCCCUGCCUUCCGCUCAACAAAGGAUGCCUUAUAGCAUCACCUUUGUCGGUGUGAAUGGCGUAGGGAAAAGCACCAACUUGUCAAAGGUCUGUUUCUGGCUCAUUCAGAACGGCAUGCGAGUGCUCAUUGCAGCCUGUGACACUUUCCGGAGCGGCGCCGUUGAACAGCUUCGCGUACAUGUACGCAAUCUUUCCAUGCUUGGCGUUAACGGUGCAACGAAUAGCAAAGGCCGUGUUGAACUGUAUGAGAAAGGGUACGGGAAAGAUGCUGCGGGCAUCGCCAAAGAAGCCAUCGCAUAUGCCAAAGAUAACGACUUCGACGUUGUGUUGAUUGACACAGCCGGGCGCAUGCAAGACAACGAGCCCCUUAUGCGCGCACUUGCCAAGCUUGUUGCCUCGAACAACCCCGAUAAAAUCAUUUUUGUCGGCGAGGCGCUCGUUGGCAACGAGGCCGUUGACCAACUUACUAAGUUCGACCGUGCCCUCCGUGACUUUUCAUCUGCAUCCGGCUCGGGCAAGGGGCGUGGCAUAGACGGUAUGCUAGUAACAAAGUGGGAUACUGUGGAUGACAAAGUUGGCGCAGCGCUCUCGAUGACAUAUGUGACAGGCCAGCCAAUUAUUUUUGUCGGAUGCGGCCAGACAUAUACCGACCUCCGCCAGCUGAGAGUUGCGAACGUGGUACAGGCGAUACUGAGCGACUGAUUUUCUGAUGUAAUUUUACUAUCCACUUGCUAUAUAUAGGAUCAAUACUAGCUCUGAGGCUGGCAAGCCUACACCAGCUACGAUACGAAACAUAUCGUCUUUUUCCUUCGGGCUGAGGUCGGAACUUAAGAUGGCCCAAAUAUAUCACGGUUUAUGCCACUAUCACUGGAGCUAUCCUAUGCCCUAUCCUAUGCCCGGGCUAACGACAGAACAGUAACAAUACACCAGCAUCUAACAUGGACAGCCAAUAUGUAAUGUCCCUAGACAGAACCUAGUUCCUUAGAGCAUUCAAAUUAUAAAAAGUG